AAUCCCAUGGUAAAAGGUUGUUGUCCUUUCAUAAGGACUUGGACAAACAACAGAAGCAUUUGAUGAGUAAGAGCCUCAGAAUCAGUAUCUUUUCUUUUUUUAAGAUUUUCAGGACAGGUUCUUUAUGAAUAUAUGCAUUGGAAGCUCUUUUUCCAUGUUUUUCCAAAGAGAAAACAUAUAAAGAGUUUCUUUUACUUUGCUGAAAUUGACGGGACGAUCUCUGCCUCAAUCCUGAACGUUAAAGGUUCAUGACUCCCAUCUUGCUUACAAACUAAUCAAAGUGAACCCAUUUAUUGGCCAAAAAAGAUUAAAAAAAAAAAGCAGACCUGGGAAAUCUUUUGGUCCACAACAAGAAAAGACAAAGAAAAUGGCCACUGGAGCUUUUUUGAUCUUCCUGUGCCUGAAAAUUCUAGACAGUCAUAUUUUUCUAACAGAUUAGGUGGUUAUCACCUGUAGUAGCUUAUUCUUUUGCACUGACUCAUUCCCUGCGACAAUGUUUAUUUUUGGUUAGUAAACAGAUUGAAUGUGUAAAUCCUAGACUCAUGUGAAGGCCAAAAAGUGUGUCCAAAGUAGAAUCCUAGCCCCUGCAUUAGCAGACAAUCACGUACCUGAGUUCGGCCCCAGAAGUAGCAAGCUUAAGCAUUAAGGAGAACCAUGUGUUUACUUUUUAUUGUUUUUCAGCAUUGCAAUUUCAAAAGCAAAAGCAAUUCAAAACCCAAACGUCUGCUGCUGUUUUUUAUCUUUAAAUCUGCUUGCUUUUCCCAAUCUCAAAAAACUAAGAGGAGCACAAUGGUCCCACGAGCAAUCAAAAGCUUUCUUUUCCUCUUUGCUUUCUUUAAUCAACCUUCUCAAAUUUGUUUAAGAAAACCAAACCUCUUAUCUGCUUCAUUUUUCUUCAUUAAGAAGUGUUCUUUUUUUCAUUUUUUUUUGUAUCCAUCAGCAUUUGUCAAAGCAUGCUUUCCCUCCCACCUCCACCUCCACCUCCACCUCCACCACCACCACUACCGCCAGGAGCAUCGCCUCCACCACCACCACAAAAACAUACCACUCCAGUCUCUCUAGACCAAAUUGUAAUAUCAAAGCCAGUUAUAAACCAACAAGCUCCAGCUUCAAAAAAACCAGAUCCUGACAGUACUGAGAACUCAAGGAAACCACUCCUACGACAGCCUCAUACUCGACGGACCAAUCCAUUGAUAUGGUGUUCUGCAAUCCUUUGUCUCAUAUUUUGCCUUAUUCUCAUCUUGUUCGGAGUAGCAACUUUAAUCAUCUUCCUCUCCAUAAAACCAAGGAUUCCUGCGUUUGACACUCCUAAUGCAAGCCUCAACGGCAUCUACUUCGAUUCACCAGAAUAUUUCAAUGGUGAUUUCACCUUCCUGGCAAACUUUUCCAACCCCAAUCGGAGAAUUGAUGUAAGAUUCGAGUAUCUGGUUAUAGAGCUCUACUUCCAUGACAGGCUCAUUGGAACUCAGGCUGUUCAACCUUUCUCUCAGAGAAGAGGAGAAGCUAGACUAGAAUCAGUUCAUUUCAUAUCGAGCUUGGUCUAUUUGCCACAGAAUCUUGGGGUGGAGCUACAGAAGCAGGUUUUAAGCAACAGGGUUAACUACAACAUAAGAGGAACUUUCAAAGUGAGAGCCAACCUGGGUUUGAUCCAUUUCUCUUAUUGGUUGCAUAGCAGAUGUGAGUUGCUGAUGUCAAGUCCCCCAACAGGUGUCUUAGUUUCACAUCGUUGCAAAACAAAGAGAUGAAAAUGCACAUCCUUUUUUCCUUAAUAUCAAGAUUUUCAUUUCCUUCUGUCUGAAUUGAGACUGGUUAAUUCUCUGAUGAAAAGAAAAUUCUUGGAACUUUUAAGCUUCACUCAAAUAGUAUAUUCUUCUUUUGCUUCA